AUGCAACCAGAGCUCAAAAUUGAAAAUGGUCGAAUAGACGAUGCGGUUGCCGAACGAGCUCUGGCCUUGGCAAAUAAGUCAGAAAGAGACGAUCAGCGAGCAGUUUAUGAAUGGCUUGCCAAAAAUACGCGUUUGGUUUCGGAGGACUUCUGGAAUAGACACUAUGGGUACCUGCUGCAUCGACUUCACUGUACCUCACCAGUCAGUAGUCUGGUGGCUCUUAUUAUUGCCAUCACCAGCAAAAAGACCCUCUCACAGGGUAGAGUUAAUAUGGUGGCCAGUCUGUACGCGCAAAUCCUUAAUCCGGCGCUGUCCCACCUGCUUUGCGCGAUGAGAUCAUUCGCGGGCGACUGUCCUAUUUAUAUUGCGUCAACUGGCCAAGAGAACGUACUGGCAGCCAAAUUGCCGCCGAAAGUGGCCUAUAAACUAUGUAAAGGCGAUACUGUGGAGUUGUCACGAGCCAACACGGACAUCAAGCUGCAAUUGGGUAAUGAUGCAGUGGAGACGCUGGUUGGAUUGGCCCCAGUCGUUUCGAUAAGUGGGAAAAUACCUUUGGCUGUUGAAGAAUAUGUAUACGACUAUUUCGAGUGUUGGGACGGAGAAUUGAGCCCUCUAUUAAUGGCAAUCGUGCCGUUGUUCAAAUUCUGGCCAAACCACAGUGUGCCGGUAAUUAGGGCUAAAAUCGUCAACCAUCUACUGAGAGCAAAGCAUCAAGCCAUGUCAAUCAUUUUACCGGAGCUUUGGUGGCUUGGUCGCGUAGCAGAACAAGUAAUUGUCAAGUUCGAACCAAAACUCGCCCCUUUACAGUAUACGCACCUCGUCCAGUUUUACCAGUCGCUUGACUUGGAGCCGCCGCCUCAAAUUGUUCAACACAUUAUUUAUUAUCUACCUGGUGGAUUGGCUCUUUGUAGAGAUUGGGCUCGCUUAGUUCCUGAUAUUUGCUCGGUUCUUCAGGGCCGACUCUACUUUCCAACCCACCUCAUUCAAGAAAACCAAUACGUCUUGGCAAAUUGUCCUUGGAUCGGUACAUUUUCCACCGAACUAUUCAAGAAACGUUUCAACUUCUCACCAGUAUCUAUCUACCCUGAACUCUACGACAAACUGGCAAUGGACUAUGAAUCUUUUUGCACAAGGUUAUAA